AUGCGUCGGACCGCCUACUCCACCCGUGCGUCAGGUAGGCGGGAGAUGAUUUUGAAGAAGACGCGGGAGAAUCGGAGAAGUGUCCAGACAAGUGACUUCUAUACCGGAGCGAUGUCGGUGCACAGCAGUGGCGGGGCCGCGGCGGUCGAGGCUUUCAAGACUCCUCGUAAGGGGGACAAGAGGACGUCUUCUGAUUCGUCACCGUUCAUGCAGAAGUUUGGUAAUGGAACCGGUGCCUGUCUGUACCUGAGGAAGAGACAUUUGUCGUCGGUUGGGACCCCGGACAGGAAGUUAGUAGUGGACUGCACUGUUGUUCUAACUCCCCUCCAGCCCAGGAACUCCAACAAGGGCAACAUCAUGAAGUGUUCUCCCACUCCAGCCUACACCACCAAGAUGGACCCCAAGGAGAAGGAGAAUUUCAGGGCCUCUCCUAUGAAGUCCAGCGUUGCCAGGAAGCUGGUCGUCUCCCCUCCUCCUCCACCACCGGAGGAGGACAUGGAAAUCGAUGCCUACGCCUUUCCACCGCUGAAGUCGCCCACCACUGCCCAGAAGGCUGCCAUGCCAACAAAGUCUUUCUACAAGAGAGGAGCUGUGUAUGUGAGCCCGCUGGAGAGAAGGCUGAUCAGUGAAAGCAAGUCUAAGGCUGGGGCGGCCUCCUCGCCUCCAGAUACAAAUACAACAAAGAGGCCAGAGGGGAAAGGUCCCUCAAAGAUGACAAAAGCAAAAAAGCCGUCGGGUCAGAAGAAGAGGGCUGCGAGUCGGGGUGCAUCGACCCCCAAAACCGAGAAGAAGGAUCCGGUAAAGGGGACCUCCUCCCAGACACCCCCCACACCAGUCACCACAGAGGACCAUGUCACCAGUCCCCAGAAGAGCGCCAUCUUGGGGCUGAAAGUGAAACAGAGGCCCAAACUCACCAUGGGAGCGGCAUUCUUUGCUACCAGUAAAAAGCCUCAUUCGUCGCGCAAACUCCCCGCUCACGCCAAGUUCCCGGCAUCGGCAAAGCCAAAACCCUUCCAGCCAAACGGCGCUCAGGGCCCGGGAUCUGGUCUGCUCGUGGACUCCGGUGGGAAGGAGAACAAGGGCACUGGUCUGAAGACAACGGCAAGUGAAAGGAAAGCUGAACACAUCACAACUAGUGUCCCGAAAGAAGAUGCAAAACCAAAAAGCGGCGACGUCCCUGUUCCCGAGCAACCGGAAGUCGCCAAACCUUCCAGACGGAAUGACGCCGAGUCCCAGAAAGCUGCGAAGCGCCCACGGACUACGUUUGAUAUGGACGACUCCAUCCUGAAAUCCUCCGACAAGAAAGCGUCCUCAGUGUAUCCCAUCUUCAGUACACCGUCUGCGGCAAAGAAAAGGCCGUUUGACCUGCGGGGAGAGAUGGUUUCCCCCGUUUGUGCCAGCACCCCUUUGAGCACCCCGGCCCAUUUAAACAAAAUCCCCAAAACCAGCAAGAAGAAAGACUGCAGUAAGGUGGAAGAAGACCAGCUGAUCAUUGACGCCGGGCAGAAGCAUUUUGGUCCUGUGGUGUGCAGCACCUGCGGUAUGAUCUAUUCAGCAGCCAGCCUGGAGGACGAGACUCAGCACGCACAAUAUCACCAACGCCUGCUGGAGAGCAUCCGCUAUGUGGGCUGGAAGAAAGAGCGAGUUGUGGCGGAAUUUUGGGAUGGGAAAAUUCUGAUGAUUUGCCCGGAUGAUCCGAAAUACGCCCUCCGAAAGGCGGAGGAGGUGCGGGAGCUGGUGGACUCGGAGUUGGGAUUUCAGCAGACGCAUCUGAUUUUUCCAAGCAAAACCAAAACCUUCCUGUUUGUGUCCAAUGACAAGAAGAUUGUGGGGUGUCUGAUCGCAGAGCCAAUCAAACAGGGAUUUAGAGUCCUUCCUGAGCCCCUCCCAGAGGCGGAGUCUCUCAAUCGGGAUGCUUGGCGAGAGCGGCACAGAGCUUGGCGAUGCUCUUCUGACUCGGAACCGGCCCUCUGCGGCAUCAGCAGGAUCUGGGUCUUCGCGCUGAUGCGCAGGAAAGCCAUCGCCAGCCGCCUGGUGGAUGCGAUGAGGAGCUCCUUCAUCUACGGGUCUCACCUGACCACAGACGAGAUCGCCUUCUCCGACCCAACGCCGGACGGCAAGCUGUUCGCCAGCACCUACUGCAAAGUCCCCGACUUCCUGGUGUACAACUUCCUGAGUUAGAAAGCGUUGGCGUUUGUA